AUGGGCAGAGCUGGUAAGGGUGGCGGCUACUACGCCGUACAGAAGGGCAAGCAGCAAGGAAUCUUUCAUACGUGGACCGAGUGCGAGGCUGCUACCAAAGGAUUUUCGGGCGCCGUGUUCAAGAAGUUCGACAGCGAAGCUGCGGCGCAGGCGUUCGUGCACGGCAAUGGGUAUAGCGCAGCUAGCAAUGCUGUGAGCAACACCACGAGCGUUUCGAACGGCGCUGAUCGAUCGUACACUCCUUACGCUACGGCUUAUUCGAAUAAGCAGAGGAAGCAGGCUCAAAAGGCUCGAGAGGCUCCCGGACGUCCUUCAUGCCCGGCUCCAAAGCCUCGUGCACAGCCAUCUUGCAGCAGCCACGUCCCACAAGCUCGUGUGCAACAGUCGUAUGGUAACGUUGUGUUCCCCAACGCUUCCUCUUCUCGCACAGGCCCACAGCGCACGAGUACCGUCUACUGCGACGGCAGCUCGAUCGGCAACGGUCGAACCACGGCGCGUGCCGGCUGGGGCGUAUUCUUUGAAGAUCCUGAGCUGCACCACUUGAACGAAUCACGUCGUUUGCCCGGUGACAAACAGACCAACAAUCGCGCCGAACUCAUGGCUCUUAUCCGUGCAGUUCAGUUGUGUCCGAACGACGGACGUCAACUGUUGAUAAUGACAGACAGCAAGUACAGCAUGCAAACAGUGACCGAGUGGCUGCCAAAAUGGAGACAGAAUGGGUUCAAGACGCUUGCGGGCGCAGAUGUUCAGAACCAAGAUCUGAUCGUCGAAUUGGACAAGCAGUUGAGUGGUAGGCAUCCACGUCCAAAGCUUGAACAUGUGAAGGCGCACGUGGGCAUCCAUGGUAACGAGAUUGUCGAUCGCAUGGCAAAGUACGGCGCAAGUCUGCCGCGCGACGAUUCAAGCGACUUGAGCAUGAGAUCCAACGCGCCAGAGUCUCAUGUGAUGAGAGAUAGCGAGGCAAACUCGCCCGCUUUCUCGAUCAACAUCUCCAUCAACCCAACAAACGAGCAGGCGCACGUGAGUUGGUGA